AUGUUCGGCCUGCCCCCUGUCAUGGGCAACAUGAUACCCGAAUCUAGCCUACCCAUGGGAGUCGAUGCCAAGACGGAGCAGGACACGGGCGUCACGAUCCAGUCUGCCGCUCCCACUAGCACCACGGCUGCUCUCGCCGCCCAAGUCCCCAAGGAACCCCGUGUCCCAGAAGCCGUCACCGAGAGCCAACACGAGGCUGGCGCUGCUCCUGAAGCCUCGUCGAACCCGGAGGCUGUCGAGGAAAAGAAGCAAGUCGAGGAAGAACUGAAGGAAAAUGUGCCCGAGGCUCCUGCGGCGGCCGAUAACUCGUUCCUCUCCAAUGUCAGCUCCAACCUCGGAACGGCGGCUGCUACCGCCGCGGCAGGUGUCACUGCUGGUGCUGGUCUCGUGGCCGCCGCUGCGUACUCUGCCAAGGACAAGGCUGCUGAGGCCACCGGUGUCGAUGCGAACACCUCUGCGGCUGACGUCCAAAACAAGGUUGCCGAUGCCGUCGUCGGUUCGCAAGACUCCACUGUUGCUGCUGCUGCUGCUGACGUGCCCGUUGUUGUGGCGGAGAGUCAGCGCGAGGCCCAUGUCAGUCCCGAGGCUGCUAGCAAUGACGAGGCUGUCCGUGAAAAGAGCGAGGUCGAGCAGGAGCUUCUGAGCGAAGUCCCCAAGACCCACGAGGCUGGCGAGCCCGCUCCAGCCAUUGCCGUCCCGGAGGUCGUCUCCGAGAGCCAACAGGCCGCCCAUGCGAGCCCGGAAGCGGCUGCUAAUAGCGAAGCUGUGGCCGACAAGAAGGCAUUUGAAUCAGAGCUACUUGGCAAGGUCCCUAGCGACGAGGCAACCGGCGACUCUGCACCCGUCCUUGGUGGUGUCGCAGCUGGAGCGGCCAUUACAGGAGCUGCUGUUACAGGAGCUGCUGUUACCGGAGCUGCUCUCGCCUCCCACUCGAGCGAACCGGCCGCCGAGGUGCCCGAGGUGGUUGCUGAGAGCCAGAAGGAAGCUCAUGCUAGCCCUGAAGCUGCUUCCAAUGCCGAGGCGGUCAGCGAGAAGAAGGCGGUCGAAUCUGAACUUCUGCACGAGAUCCCAAAGAGCGACGAGGCAGGUGAGCCUGCGCCAGUGAUUACUGCCGCUACAUCAGCCACUGCCCCCGGAACACACACGGAGACCCCGGCUCUUGCUCAUGAGGUGCCCGACGUCGUAGCAGAGAGCCAAAGAGAGGCACACGCCAGCCCUGAGGCUGCUGCCAACUCCGAGGCUGUCACCGAGAAGAAGGCCGUCGAGGCUGAACUUCUCAACGAGGUCAAGGCAACAGAUGCCACAGGCGAGUCUGCUCCAGUCGCAGCUGACGCUAGCUCCACCACCAAGGCUGCUGGUCUUUCCGACGAGGCUCUUGUUGACUCGAAGCCUUUGAGUUCAUCUAGCGAGCUCAACGCCCCUGCCUCCGAGCCUGCUCGCCAGGACAACACCAAGCCCAUUGAUGCGAACACCAACGUCACAUUUGCCCCACAGGCGCCUGCCACCACCCUGCAGACUCAGCCUACAGUGACCACUGGUGUUGAGACAACCACUACUGAGGCGACAAGCAGCGCACCCGCAACCGCAACAUCGCCAGAGACGCCCCAAAAGGACAACCGAAAAGAUUCGGACGUGUCGCCCAAGGGUACUCCCGCACCCCAAAGCAUCGCCUCUGGCGCCGACGACAAGAAGAAGAAGCGUCGCUCCAUUUUCGGCAAGCUCAAGGACAAGUUUAGCAGCAAGCAUUAG